CUUCCUCCAUUAUCGCUACAUCGCACGGGCAUCCUAUGUUCUAGUAACACGAGGAUGCUGGGGAACACUGUCAGGACGCUGUGUUGAAGCACCGGGGACAGCAAGUAGCACCAGCCCUAAGGUGGCAAAUCGUCAAAGAUUCGACAUAGAGGACAAGGUGAACCUGAAGCAGCACAACGUCAUUUCGAAGUUCGAGUCGUUAUUCUUCGUGACGAAGGAUGGCACGGAGAUUGUGUGAUUUACGUUUGUGGUGUCGCUUUCUAUCGACGUCUGCGAGUACUGCUUCCUCCGCACCUCCUGUCGGUGUCGGAUCUUCAGCGGAGGUUGGAGUCCAAGAAUUUUUGAAAGCAGUUGGAAAAGGUGUGGAGGCACAUGCCGAGAAAGUGGCUAAUGAAUAUGGAUCUUUUUCCGACUUCCUUCAGCUUCGAUCUGGCCGGCUAAAAAAACUUGGCAUUCCUUGCCAGCAGAGAAAGCUCAUAAUGUCAUAUACAGAGAAAUACAGAAGAGGAGUGUGGAGACCAAGAGCCGUCAAUGCAUGAUUGUAGAUCCACCUAAGAGUUUUGUAAGGCUUAUAUUGACCAAAAGUCUUCCUUCGCACGUGAUUGAAUUAUUUGCCCCAAAGGAAGAAAAGGUUAAUAUAUGUAGAAGAUCCUCAUAUUGCACUCAUGACUGUGUGCACACUCGCUUCUGGCGUAGUCAGGAAGCUGAAAAGCGCACGACCAUAUGCACUUCCUGGAUACUGGUGUAACUAGAACAUUGCAUUGUAUCUCGGGGGAUUGCUAUAAAUGAACUGAAAGCAUUUGCUUCAACUGCUACGGAUAGGAUACAAGUUCACUGGGUCGUAACGUAUGUCAGAGCUUCUCAGGGCAAGGAGUUUUACAUUCGCAGCCUAUGACAACAUAAUAGUUGUCGGCGGCAAAUGACUUUUUCUGUCAAGUGCUCUGAAUAAAGUCUUCACAUGAUUGUGACCAAGUCGUCAAAAGUAUAUUGGUUACCUGCACGGGAAGUUGGCUUCUC